AUGGCACACAGGCCCGCACCUGCGAUACCUGUGCCCUGUAGCUUCACCUGCUGCCCUCGCGUCUUCCCGUCCGUGGAGGCUAUGAAAGAGCACGUGCAGAAUGAGCGGGAUCACAUCAGAUGCUGUGGACAGAACUUCGAUUCUCUGCUGGAGUACUUCCUGCACACAAUCCGGAGCAGUGACCACUACCCUUGCCUCUUCUGCUAUCUGGACUUCAUGAGCCAGGGUGAUCUUGAGCAUCAUGUCAAGCAGCUACAUGCGCCGACCAAGGCCACUAUCUUCUGCCCAUUUUGCCCGGAGCCCUUCAAGUCCGCCACUGCGCUGGUGGGCCACGUCGAGAAGGGUAAAUGCAAGAUCACUCCCUCCAACCGGGUACAUCCAAGCAUUAAGCCUCGUAUGGACGCAACAGGCCCGGAAAAUGAGAACCCCUCGGUAUCUUCUAAGGCUCCUCUGACCAAUAAGGGCCUCGACUGCCAGGAUGGUGACCUUUGCCUCAGCACCUCGCCCUCGAACACGCCGAAGAAGGGAAGCAAGUCUCAAGAACCCGUUCAUGCCAAACCUGCCCUUAGUCCCGUCCACACGCCGAUAUUACCGUUGACGCCGAAAAGUCCGGCAGUAACGCUCCCCAGGACCCCAAAUGACAUGCUCUCCUUUGACGACAACUGCUUCCAGAGCGGACCUGAGUCAAUUCCCCCGGAGCCUGAGACCUACGCCUGGACUCCGGACAUGUAUCCCAAACUCACCCCAAUCGGGUCUUCGCAGCCGGUUCCGCAGAACACAGACGAUCCUUACGUGUGCAACUGCGGCUGGAGCUCAGCCGAUCUAGACGAGUUCGAGACGCACAUUGAAGACGAGGCAAAGCGGGACGCUUUCCCAUUCCCGAAACAGUCCCGAUGCAAGAAGGAGUUCAAUACCGCCGCCGCUUUUGUCUCGCAUAUAGAGUUUGGCGAUCGGAAUUGCUCGAUCGGCGAGACCGCGGCGGUGGAUCCAGAUGCGACGGCUGGUUUUCCGAGUGUCCAGACCACCAAGCGCACCGGCACGCAGAAGAUUCAAACAUGGAUUAUCGACGAUGAUAUGGGAACUCGGGAAAAGGGAGUGGCCCUGCGGCGCUAUCUGGAUCUCAACAAGGAUAACCGGCAUUUCUAUGAAAAUACCGAGGAAAGCUUUUAG